AUGGUUUAUCUUACAAGGUAUCUUGCUGCAGUGUUCAGGAACCUGCUCAUCCUCCUGGCUGUCUGCUCUGACUCCCACCUACACACCCCCAUGUACUUUUUCCUCUCCAUCCUGUUCUUGGCCUACACCUGUUUCAUCUCCAUCACUGUUCCCAAGAUGAUUCUGGACAUCCAAACUCACAGAAGACUCAUCUCCUAUGGAGGCUGCCUGAUGCAGAUGUCUCUUUUUGUGCUUUUUGUUUGUAUGGAUGAUAGUCUUCUGACCAUGAUGACCUAUGACCAGCUUGUGGCCAUCUGUCACCCCCUGCAUUACCAAGUCAUCAUGAGUCCAUGUCUCUAUGGCUUCUUCAUUUUGGUGUCUUUUCUUCUUAGUGUUCUGGAUUCCCACCUGCACAAUUUAAUUGUCUUACAAUUCACCCAAUUUAAGGAUGUGAAACUUUCUAAUUUCUUCUGUGAGCCCUGACAAAUCCUUAAUCUUGCCUAUUCUGAUAGUUUCAUCAAUAACAUAAUUCUGUAUUUCUCUGGUGCCAUAUUUGGUUUUCUUCCUAUCUCAGUUAUCCUGUUCUCUUACUAUAAAAUUGUUUCUUCCUUUUUGAGAAUUCCCUCUUCAAAUGGGAAGUAUAAAGCCUUCUCCACCUGUGGGUCUCACUUGUCAGAUUUUUGCUUAUUUUAUGGAACAGGAAUUGGAGUAUACCUCAGUUCAGCUGGGUCACCCUCCCCCAGGGAGAGUGCAAUAGCAUCAGUGAUGUACACUGUAGUUAUCCCUAUGUUAAAUCCCUUUAUCUACAGCCUGAUAAACACACAUAUUAAAAAUGCCUUGUGGAGGCUGCAGAGCAAAAUAGUCCAACAGUUCUAUCAUUUUUGUAGUGUGGAGUGGAAAAUGCAGUGA